AUGAGCUAUCAACCCACGCCUCAGGAGCAGCUUCAGGAACGCAUCGCGAAACGACGAAACGAGACGGCAUGCAUCAAUUGUCGGAAACGAAAAACCAAGGUCCGUGUCUUGUCUGGGUGCAUGGUCAAGGAGCAGCCCCCAGUGAACCCCUGCCAGCGCUGCAUCCGCCUCGAGCUCACGUGCAUAUACCCUGAUGCGGCGGAGCCUCUGUCGGAGGCUGAGCCCGAGGCUCACCUCGUCUAUCAACACGCAUCCCCGCCGGGGGUACCAGCCGCGCAGCCGCUCCGGUGGGCGCCAAUCAGGACACCGCAGACGCCUAGAAGCAGGAACCCGGUUGUGCCAGAUCCCGCUCACAUCCCCAUGAGCUCCCUCGGGCACUUCAUGCCCGAACAAUACCCAAAUCCGGCCUCUUAUUACGCGGAAGGCGCGGCGUCGGGCUACCAGUACCCGAUGUACGACAACUCUGCG